AAGUAGAUCUGUGGCGUCGAGUCUUGUCUGAGUGCUGCGCGUGACGUGUGUAUGGUGCUUGACUUCUGCUACCCUGACGUCUGGAGUAUUAGGUCAGGAAAACUGUUUGCUAUCUCUCGAUUUCUGGGAUAUAUCCACCCAGUAGGGGAAACUGUUAAUUCUCUGUCUCAUUGAUAUAUCCAUUCAGCUACCCAACAGAGAAAUGUAUAUCUGGUCCAGUCUGACACUUACGAUAUUGUGUGUAUGGCUUGUGCAGUCCUCGGUGCUGUUGUAUUCAUCGGAACAACAACCACAACAACAACCACAACAACAGCAGCAACAGCUAUACCAGGUAACAAAGACAAAAGGUCCAGAGGUGGAUGACAAAGUAUAUCUGUUUGCUGCUGAUGGGAAGAGAAAGCCAUACAGUUAUAUUAACGAUGUUGGAACAUUAAUUGGCUUUGAUGUAGAUUUUGUAAAUGAAGUAUGUGCGUUAGUGGGAAAAAAAUGUCACAUCAUUUUGGCUGAGUUUACAGAAUGUAUUUACACUGACAGGUCUAUAGACUAUGCUGGAAGAGGUUUGAUGGCCCGUUGGUUUGAUGGGUGCCCGGGUUAUGCCAUAACCACAGACAGACUGAAUGAGUUUGACUUCACCCUCCCUUACCUUGAUGGAGCUUCCACCUUUGCAGUCCUGCCUGGCAACCCACCUAAGUUUGAUCCUCUUAGUGAUGAUUAUUCACAUUUUAACAUUGUACAUCUGACUGGAGCCCCCACUAAUGAACCCUGUCUCAGGAGACUGCACAAGAAAUUUGGAAAAAUCAUCAUAGCUAGUGACCUACCAGAGGCUAAAAUGUUGCUACUGAACAGAACAGCUGAUGUCCUGUUCUCCCCAAGAGAAAGGAUUGAUGGUCUUGAAGUGUUGCCAAACCAAGUGAGGUGUGACAGAAGUGGUGCUGGCAUCAUGCUGAAGAAAGGCAGCACUGUGCCAACCUGGUGGGACCCUGCCUUCAAAACUCUUUAUUUCUCUGGCAGCUACAACCGGCUCUGUGAAGAAGCCUCAAAGAAAUACGAAGCUCCAAUUCACUGUCUACCUGGCCCUGAUAAAGCUAGUCCGGAACUUCUGGCCAUCAUGAAGCGCAGACCUCGCAUUGUACCAGAAAAACUUUGGACCUUUGUUGUUAGUGGAAGAAUUGCUCCAUACAGCUAUUUAAACCAGGAGGGUGAAUUGGUUGGCUUCACAAAAGAUCUCUUGUCCAUAGUUUGUGCUAAGGCAGGUAAAUCUUGUUCACUUCUGCUGGCUGGAGUUCCUGAGUGCAGUGUUAGGAAAGGGGAGAUACUCUAUCCAGGCAGAGGUCUAAUGGAAAACUGGUUUGAUGCUUGCACUGGGUACUUUGACACACUGGACAGAGAUAACAGCUGGGACUUUACUCUGCCAUACCUGGUCUCAUAUGCCUCCUUCUAUGUUGCCAAGGGCAACCCCAGUGGCUUCAACCCUGAUGCCUCAGACUACUCCCUUUACACUAUUGUUUACACAGAGACCUCCAUCUCCAAUGAUCACUGUCUGAACAGGCUACACAAGAAAUACAAAAAACUUGUUGUGGUCCCAGAUAGGCCGGAUGCUAUCGCUAUGUUGCUGAAUGGAUCUGCUGAUGCCUGGUUCACUAAAGACGACGGCUCACCAGACAUUGAACUUUUGCCCCAACAUUUCCACUGCGAGAACGUGGGCACCAGCAUCAUGACAAAGAAGGGGGGAGAACUGCCCAUGUGGUGGAACCCAGCUUUUGAAGAGUUCUACAACUCUGGGGAGUACAACGACUUUUGUCUGGAGAGGGGAAAACACUACAAAAAUGACUUCCCUUGUUUGCCUCCACCAUCAGAGAAAAAACUCCACAAAUCUCAGGAAGGAUUUUAAUUGUAAACAAAGAGAGAGAGAAUGUGUGUGUUUGUUGAUUUGGUUAAGUGUUUGGUUUUCUACUUUUAUUACUGUUUUUUUUUAAAUUGUAAAAUAUUUAAUUUUUGCAAAUGCCUUACAGUCAGAUUUUAUAAAUUGUUAAUUAACAAAUUGGUUUUUUAUUAAUUUUCAAAAUGUUGUUUACCAAAGUAACCUUAUAUUA